AUGGCAAGAAUUUCACUAGGGAUAUGUCUGAUGUUUCUUGUAGCAUCAAGCGUGAUGUACGAAGCGCAAGGACACUUCUUGUUAAAGAACUACUUGAGGAGCAAUUUCCCAAGAACGUGCAACGAGUUUACACCUUACGCUAACAAGGGUAUGAUAACCUUCGCGACCGACCUGGAAGUUGGUUGUCCCCAGACCGUAGAGUUCAAAGAGUUCUUUACACAGUUUAAGAGUUACAUGACCUUCAUCGAAACGUCAUCAACCACGUCGACAAACAUCAACGCGAAGAUGACAACAAAAUGUGAUGGCCUCUUCAAGGCUAUGUCUGCAUUGAAUGGUGGUGCUGCCGCAAAAUCAGCUGAUGCAGGGAAAUUCAAGGCGACCAUGCUUUCUAUGGGACAGACUUUGGUUCAGCAGAAGAAGAGUACAGUGGUGAUGUCGCUAACUCAAAAGAAAUCCUUAGUCACGGCUAUGGUGCAGUGGACUAAAAUGAUCGCUACAUUCGUGAAGACCGCCUCUGAGACGAAAGGAAAGACAAUCGAUAUUGCAACUUACGGGCUUGACGUCGAUGUUAACGACCAAGCAAUCAUGGGAAGCACAACAAGCACCCAAACCCGUUCUUCAUCCUCAACCAAAGCCGCUUCUUCAUCCUCAACCAAAACCCAAUCAGAAUCCUCAACCAAAAUCGGAGCUGUUGCGGCCAGUGGCGAAAAAGCCUCUGCCAAGACAAAAGAAGCCAGCGGUGGAGCCGCAUCAAAGAAAACCGAAAAUGCAUCCUCAAACAAGAGCGGAAGUGGCUCUUCCAAGUCAAAAGAAACCAAAACCGGAAGUGGCUCUUCCAAGUCAAAAGAAACCAAAACCGGAAGUGGAGCCACUUUCAAAGACACUACUGGUUCCGGCAGCCCGAGUGGAAGUCCCACUAGCAGCCCUUCUGGUGAGACUUCUGUCAAAGGUAAAUCCUCUAGCAAAGGAAGCGCAAGUUCAAGUGCAAGUGCAAGUGCUUCUUCCGAGAAGAAAGAAGCCAAGGCUGAGAAGAAAGAAGCCAAGGCCGAGAAGAAAGAAGCUAAGGCUGAGAAGAAAGAAGCCAAGGCUGCAAAGAAAGAAGCCAAGGCCGAGAAGAAAGAAGCCAAGGCCGGAAGUGCUUCUUCCGAGAAGAAAGAAACCAAGGCCGGAAGUGCUUCUUCAACCAAGGCCGGAAGUGCCUCUUCGGAGAAGAAAGAAACCAAGGCCGGAAGUGCUUCUUCAACCAAGGCCGGAAGUGCCUCUUCCGAGAAGAAAGAAGUCAAGGCCCAAGGUGCUAGCGGAAGUGCUUCUUCAACCAAGGCCGGAAGUGCCUCUUCGGAGAAGAAAGAAGUCAAGGCCCAAGGUGCUAGCGGAAGUGCCUCUUCCGAGAAGAAAGAAGUCAAGGCCCAAGGUGCUAGCGGAAGUGCUUCUUCAACCAAGACCGGAAGUGCUUCUUCAACCAUGAGCGGAAGCACAGCUACAGCAUCAUCUAGCACAUCAGUGAAACAAGUCGAGACUGAGACUUCCAAAGAAGUAAUGUCAUUCGUAAUGGGGCUCGAGAAGAAGUACUCAUCACAGUCAGAGCUCAAGCUCUUCUUCGAGAAGUUGAAGGCUUCCAUGACUGCCUCCUCGACGAUUUCUUCCAAAACCGAGCAGGACUAUGUUUCUACCACAAGAGCAGCCUCUACUAAACUCACUGAAGCGAUGGCUUUAGUGAGUUCAAGGAUGAGCAAAUCAGCAAAGAUGAAGAGCAACAUGGAAACUAGCCAAGAUCAGUUGUUGCAGUCUCUCAAACAACUACAAGAUAUCAACAGUAAAAUCGUCACCGCGAAGACAGUGACAUCGGCACAACAGACAGAGAUUAAGCAGACAAUCACAAAGAUGGAACAAGUCACAAGCCAAUAUGUUGAGACUGCUUCUUCUUCAUCUUCCUCUUCCUCUUCCUCUUCCUCCUCAUCUCAGACUCAGCAAGGCAGUAUGGGGAUGGUCAAGAACAACUAA